CGGGGGGACACACACAGGACGAGGGGGACCGAGAGCGGGCACAGCCGGGGACAGGACCCCCCCAGCAACCUCCACACACCGGCCGGGGAGAAAGAAAGGAAAAAAGAAAAGGAAAAAUAUCUGAAAAGGAUAAAAAACUGGAUAAAGCUAACAUUUCCUUUGGUGCUUUUUUCUAAAGAAAAUCUCUACAUAAAUCAUUUUUUAAUACUUUAGGAUUUCUACAGAGGGCUUGCUUUUUAACAAGCUGAGUGUGGAAGACUUUGUUUUUACAAAAUUGCUUCCUAAUGAUGCCGUCCAAUGGCAGUGUAAUGCCCACCAGCAGCCCCGCGCCGGAGACAGAGUGCGGCCAGACAUACAAGGGAGAUGAGGCCUCUGAAGAGGAUAGGAACACGGAGGAUAAGCAGGAUGUUGGGGGGUCCGUGAAAAAACUAGGGCGUCCCGGGAGGAAACGCAAACCUUUGCCGGUAGAAAUUGUCAAUGCGCCCAAAGACAUUGCCUCAGUCCCCAAGUGCCACACUGCCCCAACCUCUAGCCCCCCGGAUCUGAUGCCCAAUGGCGGAGUGGAGACGGUCAACAUGCAGUGCAAACCUGAGAGGCCCACCCAGGAUAAAGAUAACAUGGACAGGAAGCCCUCUGAGUACCCUGACGAGGGGCUCAGAGACAUGGUGCUGGAGAACGGGUGCAGUACUCGCAGUGACGGGACGGACACUCAGGAUAUGGAAGAUGGAGAUGUCCUCAUGAUUCCAACUCCCAAGAAACGAGGAAGACGGAGGAUAUCAGACAGCUCAGAGAAAAGUAAAGAAGAUAAGGAAGAUGCUGACUCGGAUUCCCCCAAAUCAGAGGGAUACCGAGGCCGGCUACGUGGAGGGUUGGGCUGGGAGUCCAGUCUACGUCAGAGGCCCAUGCAAAGACUGCCCUUCCAGGCUGGGGACCCCUAUUACAUCAGCAAGAGGAAGCGAGAUGAGUGGCUGGCCAGAUGGAAGCGGGAGGCUGAAAAGAAGCAGCAACUCACCGCCGUGAUAAACGCCAUGGAAGAAACCAUUUCGAGGGAACCUCAGAAGGAAGAGGAGAACAGUCCACCUGCCUCUCAGCAGCCCACAGAUCCUGCCUCACCCACUGUAGCCACCACCCCUGAGCCCGUGGCGGCCGAUGCUGUGAACAAGAGUGCCUCAAAGCAAACAGACGAUGAGGCCGAGUAUGAGGAUGGACGUGGUUUUGGUAUCGGAGAGCUGGUUUGGGGGAAGUUGCGGGGGUUCUCAUGGUGGCCUGGCCGGAUUGUGUCUUGGUGGAUGACUGGGAGGAGUCGGGCAGCAGAGGGCACACGAUGGGUCAUGUGGUUUGGAGAUGGAAAAUUUUCUGUGGUUUGCGUAGAGAAACUGAUGUCACUCAGCUCCUUUGCCAGCACCUUCCACCAGGCAACAUACAGCAAGCAGCCAAUGUACAGAAAAGCCAUCUACGAGGUGCUACAGGUGGCCAGCACCCGAGCUAGAAAGAUUUUCCCAUCCUGCCCUGAGAACGACGAGUCGGACACUUCGAAAGCUGUAGAAAUCCAGAACAAGCAGAUGAUAGAGUGGGCACUCGGAGGUUUCCAACCGUCUGGACCCAAAGGGUUGGAGCCCCCUGAAGAGGAGCGGAACCCGUACAAAGAAGUUUACACGGAAAUGUGGGUGGAGCCUGAAGCUGCUGCAUAUGCUCCUCCUCCUCCUGCCAAGAAACCACGCAAGAGCACAGAGAAACCGAAGGUCAAGGAGGUUAAAGAAAUUAUUGAUGAGCGCACUCGAGAGAGACUGGUCUUUGAAGUGAGACAGAAAUGCAGGAAUAUAGAGGAUAUCUGCAUUUCCUGCGGCAGUUUGAACGUCACCCUGGAACACCCUCUGUUUAUUGGCGGCAUGUGCCAAAACUGCAAGAACUGCUUCCUGGAGUGCGCCUAUCAGUACGACGACGACGGCUACCAGUCUUACUGCACUAUCUGCUGCGGCGGCCGCGAGGUGCUAAUGUGUGGCAAUAAUAACUGCUGCAGGUGCUUCUGUGUGGAGUGCGUCGACUUGUUGGUGGGACCAGGUGCCGCCCAGGCAGCUAUAAAAGAGGACCCUUGGAACUGCUACAUGUGCGGCCACAAGGGGAUUUACGGGCUGUUAAGAAGAAGGGAUGACUGGCCAGCCCGCCUACAGCUCUUCUUCGCCAAUAACCACGACCAAGAAUUUGAACCACCAAAGCUUUAUCCGCCUGUAACAGCUGACAAGCGGAAGCCUAUCCGAGUACUGUCUCUAUUUGAUGGCAUUGCGACAGGUCUAUUGGUGCUAAAGGAUCUCGGGAUCCAGGUAGACCGUUACAUUGCGUCAGAGGUGUGUGAAGACUCCAUCACUGUGGGAAUGGUGCGACAUCAGGGCAAGAUCAUGUAUGUGGGAGAUGUGCGGAACAUCACUCACAGGCAUAUUCAGGAAUGGGGCCCUUUUGACCUAGUGAUUGGGGGGAGCCCCUGUAAUGACCUUUCUAUCGUGAACCCAGCACGGAAAGGACUGUUCGAGGGUACUGGGCGUCUCUUUUUUGAGUUCUACCGUCUACUUCAUGAAGCACGACCGAAGGAAGGGGACCAUCGGCCGUUCUUCUGGUUGUUUGAGAAUGUAGUGGCCAUGGGAGUCAGUGACAAAAGGGAUAUAUCACGUUUUCUGGAGUCAAAUCCAGUGAUGAUUGAUGCCAGAGAGGUGUCGGCGGCACACAGAGCCCGUUACUUUUGGGGUAACCUUCCUGGUAUGAACAGGUGGGCGAGAGCAUGGCCUCUGGUAUCUACAAUAAAUGAUAGACUGGACUUGCAAGACUGUCUGGAGCAUGGCCGGGUAGCGAAGUUCAGCAAGGUCCGCACCAUCACCACUCGAUCUAACUCCAUCAAGCAGGGCAAAGAUCAGCAUUUUCCAGUCUACAUGAAUGAAAAGGAGGACAUCUUGUGGUGCACUGAGAUGGAGAGGGUCUUUGGAUUUCCAGUUCAUUACACGGAUGUUUCCAACAUGAGUCGUUUGGCCAGGCAGAGGCUUUUGGGAAGGUCUUGGAGCGUCCCUGUCAUUCGUCAUCUAUUUGCUCCAUUAAAGGAAUAUUUUGCUUGUGUUUAACCCACAAGGUUCAGGGACCCAAGACCCAUCCCAUCCUUCUAAACACCCUGAGCCUGCCGGAACCUCACAACUCCACUUAUUUCCUCUGACGGAAGAUGGAAAAUAGAGAAAAAACGCAGCUAAAAAUCAAAAUAAUCUCAAAAUCCAUGGUGGACAAGAACCAGCGGUAACCAGGAAUGACGGGGCAUCCGACACACGAGAAGACACUUUUACCUAAUUUUCAUGUUCAAUGUUACACUUUUAUUCUCCUCUACACAGCUACGUUUCUGAUUUGAUUUUUUUAAGUUUUUAUGUGAUAUUUUACAGGGCAAGGGAACAUUUUUACCCCUCCGGCCCUGACUGUCUGCGAGGUCUAUACGGGACGAUUUACACAAUGAGCAGACACUCUGGCUUUUAGAAUUUUUGUCAAUCAUCAUCCACCUUUGUGCUAAAAAUGGUAAAUUGCCCCAAUUUAGGUUUAUAGUGCCUCUGGACUUGAGUUAAACCCUUUCCUGCCUGUCUCCGGUGGGUACCUUUACCUAAAAAUUGGGUAAAGGUACAAAUUGAUUCAAUGCAAGCAAAACGGUAUAAAGAAGAAUAAAUACAACAAAUGGGGCAAAUGUCCAGAUCUCAGAGCACAAGAGAGAACUAUAUGUAUGUGAAAAUAAUAUUUUUCCCCUUAUAUAGUGCCACUUUGGCUCUAUCUACGAGAUCCAUGCCUGCUAACUGGUUCUGUGAGAAAGCGUCUGCGGUCGGGGAAAGCAUCGCAGCCCAUUCACGUCACGGUGGAAACACACUACUUAGUAAGCAUGGCCCUAAAAAGCCUUUUUUUCAGUUCUGCAUUCUGUUACCUGCUUUUAUUCGCCAUUUACAUUCAAUCAUUCAAAAAAAAAAAAAAGAACAUUCUGUAUUGCAAUCAUCGGCAGUAAUUGCAGAGCUGAAGAUAUGAUCGUGCAGGAUUAAUGUUACAGUGUAAGAAAUUUAUUGGCAAAUAACCGUUUUUUAAUUAUGUUUUUCAGUAUUUCAGGGUUGCCUCGAGCAUGAGAGGCCUAGACACGCAGCUGUGAGUUCCGGCAUUGUUUACAGAAACACUGUAUAUGUAAUGACAAGCUGUGUAAUGCUUUAAGGGUGUGCGUACAUUAAGGUACACAGGGAGCGGAUUCUAGAGUAAUCGAGUGUGUACCGCAAGUACUGCACAUUCCAGUGUCUCGUAACGUUUGGCACUAAAACAUUGUUCCAUUUUUAAACGCCAGAGGUCCCAUUUAGAGAGUAUUUACAUUAUUUUUAUUCUUUAAAACAGAUUUUACUGCAUUGUUUUUAAAUUCCUUUACAUCUUAGAUGGCUGUUUUUUUUCUCCCACUUUCCCCGUGCCCUGCGUUUCCAUUGUGACAUUAACAUUUUCACCUUUCCCAUGAAGCUUUGUGUUCCUCCGUAAGAUUGAACUGACUGAAAACCUGCGCCAAAAUGGUGGCACUAUAGCGUCCGAUUUCUAACCAUAAAUCUCAGACUGCUGAAAUGGCUUUCAUUUCUUGCCUAGAGAAACAUCCAUUAUUCUCACCCGCACCUGAACUGAAGCUGCUGCUUGGGAUGGAGCCAGUGCAUAGUACAGGUUAUCUAUUCUAUCUAGAUGUUUCUAUAUAUCUCUACAUGUCUGGCCAAUCCCAUACAUUGCAUGGUAUUUAAUGCCAGUCCCAUACAUUGCAUGGUAUUUAAUGCCAGCCAGUCCCGUACAUUGGUAUGGAAUUUAAUGCCAUUCCCAUACAUUGCAUGGUAUUUAAUGCCAGUCCCAUACAUUGCAUGGUAUUUAAUGCCAGUCCCAUACAUUGCAUGGUAUUUAAUGCCAGCCAGUCCCGUACAUUGGUAUGGAAUUUAAUGCCAUUCCCAUACAUUGCAUGGUAUUUAAUGCCAGUCCCAUACAUUGCAUGGUAUUUAAUGCCAGCCAGUCCCGUACAUUGGUAUGGUAUUUAAUUCCAGCCCCUUACAUUGCAUGGUAUUUAAUGCCAGCCAGUCCCGUACAUUGCAUGGUAUUUAAUGCCAGCCAGUCCCGUACAUUGCAUGGUAUUUAAUGCCAGCCAGUCCCGUACAUUGCAUGGUAUUUAAUGCCAGCCAGUCCCGUUCAUUGCAUGGUAUUUAAUGCCAGCCAGUCCCAUACAUUGCAUGGUAUUUAAUGCCAGCCAGUCCCAUACAUUGCAUGGUAUUUAAUGCCAGCCAGUCCCGUACAUUGCAAGGUAUUUAAUGCCAGUUCCAUACAUUGUUGAAUCUUGAUCAACACGUUUCGUUUGCACGUGAUGUUUGAAAUAAAUCUAUCACGCCAUAAAAUUAUUUACUCUUAAAUUUCGGCCAAUGGUUAGCUGGGGAGCGGGAGAAUAGGAGAGUUUCUAUCAGUAAAUUACCACAGGAGUCCUGGAAAAGACUUAAUAGCGAGUGCAUAAUGGACUCUCUUAAUAUGUGCAAGUACAAGUGGUUCACACUCUCCUACCAUUUACAGCGUAUCUGCCCAGGACGUACGUAUGACUUUGUUGUCUAUGAAUGUACGCACACACUUAUGGGGAUUAUGGAUGUUUGUUGGGGUACUACUUACUACUACUGUAUAACAAUUUCAUAAGGUGCUUACCAGCAGUGGGGUGAUUAAAAACAUCGGGUUCCACGGUGCCUUGUUAAUAGGGCUGUGCCACAAAGAGCUUGCCAUGUAGACUGGGACCAGAAUUGGCCAUUUGGUGUGAGAUUUGGAGCUUCCCAGAGACAAGAUCAUCACGUGAUCUGGUGCUUUUUAUAGACAUGUGCCUACAUAACUAUGUCUUACUAACCUCAAAAUCUACAGAGGAAGCUCAAACCCAGUGCUGGUAGAAUAGUUGUGCUAUCAGAACUUCCCAUGACUUCUGCCAUUUCAUACGUGGUCUGUUAGAACCUCAUGAGCUUGACUUCGUGGCAGUGAGAAGUCAGUGUUUGUUGUCAGGAGAAGACAGGCUGUAUGCCCAUGUUAGGCUGUGAUCCACCCAGUUGUCUUGUGCACGGCCAUAUCAACGUGCCUUACUGCACUUAGCACAGAUACCCCGACUUCCAAAGGAUCAGUGUCCGUGCCACAACACACGACCAGGCAUAGGGGCUUUGUUUACCACAAUGCUAUAUAUAUUUUUCUUUGGCUAUAUGUGUAGCGUUUGGUGGUUUAGUUAAAAGGGACCCAUUCCAGUGAGGUUGGAAGCACAAUCAUAAGAACGGUGGGGUGACAAGCUCCUGAUUGUCCUAGAAUAUAUUGAAACCUGUCACGGUGAGACAUGGCAGCAGAUAUUUCUGAACUGGUGCUAUUCCACAUAAGAGGCCAUAAUCCUUCUAUCAAUCAUGUGUAGUAUCUAAAGACUACCACCUACCUUGGUAAGACCCGUUAUAUAUGACCUAGGUAGACUCCUCAAGUUGCCUUAUUGCCAACACAAUAGUUUGAAACACUAGCGGCACCUUAACGCAUCAAUUGCUCCCAGAUAUACUGUUGUCUUGGUGGACAGCUAAGUCUAAGCACUUGCUACCAUUUUACCAGUAAUCUAGUUAUUUGGAUUGUGAGCCUAUAAGAUUCAAACCGAAGUCUUGCUUGCCAUGCAUACAGCAUAUCCCAUAACUAUGCAAUAGGGGUAGCAGGUUUCAGGACUUCCAGCUCCGACUAGCGUUGGACCCUGAGAAGGGCUGGAAAUAACUCAGACUUUAAUAAAUGUUCUCCGCUCAAACCUCUCUGAUUCCUGGAGUCCUAGCAAUGACCCCCUUGCCUGAUCGCAUACAGCUGCUCCUUCAUAUCCAGUUCCUUGGCCCCCAUAACAUGUUCAGGAGCAACCUUGGUGCUAGUAUUUGAGGCUUAGCCGGCCUUUUACUCUCAGAGUUACUGUAAUAGUGGGGUUGCGACCCCAUCGUGUGCUAAACCCAACAGGGGUUCUUCCAAAUGGGCAGCUCAGACCACAACAGUCCUAGCGCACCUCUGGUAUCCAACAGGAGCAACAGCGAUGUUUUUACUCAUCCCAAAACAAACAAUGGAGGCUGCACUUUUAUACAACUAUGUAUACACAAGAUUGUCUGGUAUCUACAGACCCCUAUUAUCCCGGGGGGUCCGCUAGUUCACAAUUCACAAUGUUCUGUGCUUAAAUAAGCAAAACCGUUUUUUUUUACAAUGAUUUCUGGUUUUAGAUGGUCAGGGAGUGAGAGGUGGUCAUGUACAUUCUAUUCCAGAUUUGGGGUGACCAUGACGCUCUCCCCUGAUAUUUUAUAGCAUAUUACAGUUUGUCACAAUGCGGUAUCAUUAUAACCGUAUCUAUCGGUAAUCUUAAUUCUAAUAAUUUGUUUUGUGUUGUUAAGGAGUAGUUGAUGGCCUCGGUUUACUUCUUUAUAAAUGAUGUGAACUUUUUUAUUUUCACUGUCCAAGUACUUGAUGAUGCUGGCGCUGUGAUGCUGAUUGAAUACAAACUGCUAUCUUCCAUGGCUAAUCUAAGCGGUCUCUGAUUCAGCUGAAUCCGUAAUACCAACAGCGAAAUCUGUUCUCUUCAUCUUUGGUUUUCCCACUGGUUUUAACAUGUUGGCUGUUUAGCAAAGUCCAAACCCUGCAGAACUGUACUGUAAUAACAUAGUAAAGGUUAGAUUUACCCCAAUUAUUUCAUACUAUUCUGUGCGAUUUCUAUCCACGGAUCGAAGCUAAUCUUUCUCUGCAAACGGGGAAGUAGGAAAUCAGAAUGGGUCCCAAAAUAUCUUUCUUUAGACUUUCAUUUUGGGGGGGGGGGGGGGGGCAGAUGAGCAAACGCUGUGGGUGAAAAAUGAAAAGGGAAUUUGAUCUUUGAUAAAUCUGGUGCAAUUAUUUUUCACGGUUGAGUGUUAAUAAAUGCAGAUCUCAUUGUUCUUUAAGCUGUCCCAAUGGUGGUUUAUUUACCAGUGAGUUAUGGUGAUUUGAAACAUUGAGGACACAAUAGAGAAGUAGUCUUGGAGCACAUUUUGCAGCUAUUUUGUCAGUUCAUCGUAACUUACUGAGUAAAGUCCUCGGUGUAGCUAUUAUAGAAUAACUCCAAGCAUUUAAAAGGUUAAUAUUAAAGAUACAAAAACCAAGGCUUUGGUAGUGCUAAGAAUGUUGAUUGAUCUAUCGAUAGCAGGAGAUGCAAUUGAUAUAGAAACCUAUGCUUAGCAUUAUGUGUACCGGUCCGUUUUCUGUGUUAAGAAUUCAUUAUUUUUUAAUUAAACAUCUCGACUUCUCUAGUAA